UAAUAGUACGACGAUGGUUAAUCAUUCUCGCGUUAUACUUUUCAUCGAUCGUCCGCAUGCGCUAAUAUAAACUUUAUUGGUGGAAUGAUAUUAUAAAUAAUGCCGUUUUUGGCGCAGUAUUAUUGAAAAAAUCGUUAAAUUAAAAGUUUACACAGCAUUGUUACGCUUAUAGAAGUAUAUUUUUAUCGUUAAUAUUAUUUACGUUAUAAUUUUCACAAUUUAAUUAAUACAUGUUUUGAAUAUUUCAAUAUACCGAUAUUCCAUAUUAUAUAAUACGAACGGGACAAUCGUUGAUUAGGCACAAUAUUAUUAAAACGUACUAGAAGUAUACGAAAAACAAUAAUAAGCAUGGAAUAUUUUUUACCGAAUCACUGUACGUCGACGGCGCGACUCGAAGGGAAAACGGUUAUUGUAACUGGAUGUAACACAGGAAUCGGAAAAGAAACGGCAACGGAAUUCUAUAAGAGAGGCGCUCGGGUGAUAAUGGCGUGUAGAAGUGCGUCUAGGACACAAGACGCAAUAGACAGCAUUAAAAAUCAGACAGAAGGAGAUACAAACGUCGGAGAGUUGGUUUUUAAACAUUUGGAAUUGUCGUUUUUUGCAUCCGUGAGAAAAUGUGCAAAAGAGAUACUGAAAACUGAGAAAAGAAUUGAUAUUCUAGUAAAUAAUGCGGGUAUAAUGAUGUGUCCGAAAACAUUGUCAGAGAACGGAAUCGAACUUCAUUUGGCAACCAACCAUUUAGGUCAUUUUCUGUUUACGCUCUUGUUACUACCCAGAAUACUGAGGUCCGCUCCGGCUAGGAUAAUCAACGUAACUUCAGUGGCUCAUAAAUGGGGCGAUCAAAAAAUGCAUUUCGAUGACAUGAAUCUGGACAAGAACUACACACCCAGUGGGGCGUACGGUCGCUCAAAGUUGGCCAACAUUUUGUUCACCGUGGAACUGGCUAAACGUUUAAAUGGUACCGGAGUGACAGUGUAUGCGGUCAAUCCAGGAGUCGUUCACACUGAACUUAGCCGGUUUGUCGAUCAGACUAUCUUUCCUGGCGCGUCGUGGCUGUACAACAGUUUCACAAAAAUCGCCGUAAAGACACCCCAACAGGGCGCUCAGACCACGUUACACUGCGCUCUGGACGAGAAAUGCGCUAGCGAAAGUGGUUUAUAUUACAGCGAUUGCAAGGUAGCUGAACCGGAACCCGUGGCUAAAGACGAAGAGGUCAGCGCAAAGUUGUGGGACACUAGCUGCGUAAUUGUUAAUUUGGAACCUUCGGUAGAUCCUUUCCAACCGGAAAAAGAUGAUGACGUAUCGAAUUAAAACUGUUUUACUCAUCAUGGGAUGUUUUUCACAACAAUAUUGUAUACAAAUGUUGAGUUAUUUUUAAGGUUUUGUUUUUCAAAUUAAAAAUAUUUAUUAUGAUAUGAA